AAUACAAGAGGCAAAAAUUGGCUUUGCAUUUCUGUGCAUGGAAUUCUAAACUGGAUUAUGGUUAUAGGGAAUUCUGGUGGAGUCCUCGGGAGUCGGGACUCACAUUGUUAGAUAGUCAUAAAGCAUUCCAUCCCAAUCUUACAAUCAACCAAUUCUAAUAAAUGCAUUGCAUUCAUUGGCACAUUCAAUUGCGGUUUAUAAUGAACAAAACGCGUGAAUGGGUACAUUGUUGCAAAAAAAAAGUCCGAGCUCACAGUUAAGAGUGUUUCCAUUGUAGACCUUUACGCACAAUUUAACACGCUUGGAACGGAGUGCGUUGUCCGGGUGCUAGGGUGUCCUCGAUGGGUCUCACAGGAUGGCUUUGCAGAGGUGUUCGUGAUGGUGUUGCCGUGGCUGCUCGUUUUGGAGCUCGUACUUUACGCAGGCUGUUUCAUCUGUGGAAUAAUGUCCGCUGCUUCUCUGACAAUCACCCAGGGCCACUUUAGAGGGCAGUGCAUUCUUUAUGGGACUGUUGAGUACAACACAUCUGGCCUGAUCCUGGAGAACCCCAGCCAUCCCUCCCUCUGCUACUUUGUGUCAGCCAUCUCUGUGUCUGUGGCCAUCUACUGCUUCUGCCUCACCCUCUACUGGAUCUACACCAGCUGUGUGGAAGAGGAGGUCAAGAGGGGAAGACUGUGGCUGAAUGUGACUCUGGGGGUGUGUAUGAAGAUAUUGUUUUUCCUGGCGGUGUCAGGGUGUACCCUGAGGAUUGGCAGGGACCGCCUCUGUCUGUCUGCCCUCCACAACGUGCCCUCCAUAACCAGUUGUGAAGAAGCCGAGAAUAAAACCUGGGUCAGUCCCUACAAUGGAAAUCAGUUCUACACGGGCUUGUAUAAUGCAGAGAAGUCUGUGUGGGUGAACUUCUUCUUCUGGGUGCAGAUCGUGGUGGUGGUGUUUGUCCAGAAACGUCAGGGGUUAGGCUCAAGGUCAGAAUGGAGCGUAUCUGAAACAGAGCCCUUCUUCCACCGUCCUGUCUGACUCCACCGACCACACCAAGCCAGAUGGGUGGCAUAAUGGUUGUGUUCCUCUGCUCAGACGUUGCUGACGCAUGCCAGAUCUUACAACGCCUACAUAGGUAUUUUACGUAUCAACCAUUAGUUGAUGCAUGCAACGUCUGAGCAGGGAAACACGACCAAUGUGUCCUUGCAUCCAGGUCGCUGCAUGCAACAACCUAGUUUUGUCCCAAGCUCAAGACAGGGAUAACAGUGGGUUAAAAAACCGGAUGUACUCAAUUAUUGGUAAUGUAAUUAGAUUCCACUGCAGUAUGAAAUAGCCUACCAUACACAUUUUACUUAAUUUGACUGAAUUGGCCCCAACUCUGUCAUUUGGAUAAGUACUUUUAUUAAAUAUGAAACUAAGAUUCCUUUUGAUAAAGCCACUCAGUGCUGACAUUAAAGGCAUUACAACCUCUAAUUUAGGCCAGCAAUGGGGCGCCCUAACAACAAUGUGUUUUCCCUUUGAAAUAGUGGGAAUAGUACAAUUAACAUUGGAGGUAACUUCUUCCAUUUUUGUAUACUUAUCAGUUUAACCAAUUAGUUACACAAUUCAGUCACUUCCUGUUAUGUAAAAUUACCUGCUCAAUGUAUACUGAUUGAUGUAACAGCUGUGAAAGUCAAACAUUUCCUGUGUAUUUCAUGUGUUUUUGUCAGAACAAAAUCUCUGUCAUCGCUAAAAUCUUUAUUGAUUAUGAAGUCAUUAUUAAUGAAGUACAGUUACAUUGUUACUAGUUAUUUUCUAGUACUGAAUACGAGUUACCAUGGGAACAUUUUAUGAGAAAAAGGUUUGCAAAUAAAUAAAAAAUAUUGUUCCAGAUUCACUCCAUCACAACCUUUAUAAAUGGCAUUAACUAUAGUAAGUCUCCAUUCCCAACCACUGACACACAAAAUAAAUGUUUUGUCAUACCCGUGGUAUACGGUCUGCUAUAAGACGGCUAUCAGCCAAUCAGCAUUCAGGGCUCGACCCACCCAGUUUAUAAAUGGCAUUAAGUACAAUAAGUCUCCAUUUCCAACCACUGCCACAUUCUGUCCCUCCUCUCACCAUCAAUCCAUCCCUCUCCUCUCUGCCCUCUCCUUCACUCCCUCUUUCUCUCAAUCUCUUACAGUUUCUUGAUGAGUUUGCAAGCUAGUCUUUCUUUUUCUUCUAAGUCGCCAUUUUAAGUCUCCAGUUCCAACCGCACUGCACCAGCUGCCUGCGUUUGUUAAACAUGUCUAGCUUUGCUGCUUCUAUCUGCUGACCCAGGCCCUCCCCCCUCUGCUGAGCUAUCACUAGGGCCAACUGUGUGCUCUGCUCAUGGCACUCGGCCCUUAGCCGCGUUACCUCUGCCAACAGGCUCUACAUGUUGUUCACAACGGAAUUCCCCUGCUCCUGAGACAUUGUACGGGCUGGGGUAAAGUCAAAUAUUGAAGGGAAAAUCACUGAGGAUACACACUCAGACUGAUCUGGCAACAACCAAAGUAGAGCAUAAAACAUCCUACUUGGAUUUGUUACUGAGGUGUAGCCUAGUGAUUCAACACUAUCUUAAAAGCACUAAAUAUUAAUAAACACUGAAAUGUUCAAGA